AAACUUUUCUAGUUUUAAUAGUAAUUUCGUCUUUUACUCGACAUCCAGGCAAUACCUUAAACAUCACUUAUGGCUGUUAAAGGAGUCGAGAUUUGUCUGAUCCUAGUCCUUUCGUUCAUGCUUUUAGGUGGAGCCAUGGCGCAGUCGAGCUCGAGCUGCACCAGCUCACUCAUGACCCUCUCCUCGUGUUUAAGUUACGUUACUGGAAACUCGUCCACUCCAUCAUCAUCCUGUUGCUCGUCUCUUGGUAACGUUGUUCAGUCACAGCCCCGGUGUCUUUGUACUUUACUAAAUGGUUCUGGUUCGUCUUUUGGUUUAAAUAUAAACCAAACUCUUGCUCUGGCACUUCCUGGGGCAUGUAGCGUUCGAACUCCUCCGGUCAGCCAGUGUAACGCGGCCGCUAAUGGACCAGCCAUUUCACCUUCAACUUCGCCGAUCAGCUCCCCUGCAGAUGGUUCUGAUGAACCAGCUAAGAGUCCUACCACGACCACCGUUCCCUCUGCUCCUCAAGGAACAGGAUCGAAGACCGGACCAAAUACCAGUGGGAGCACUCCUGAUGGAAAUAUCAUCAAAUCGCCAAUUCAUCUCGCGGCCAUGGCCUUAUUCGUUGCUGUGUGGGCUGCCACCGGCCGGAACUUUUAGGCUUCCUGUGGAGUUUUUAUGCUUGUCACAUUGUUAGUAUACAGAGUUGUCACAUUCUUCUCUGCCUGGUUUUUUUGUUUUGAAUGCUUGUAACCUACUUAUAAGUGUUUUUGUAUUCACUUGUUCUCUAUUGUUUUUUAGAGUUUGUAUUGAAGGAAAUUGAUUUUACCUCUUUGUUUAUGCAUUACUUAUAUUGUCGAUAACAACUUGGGCA